CGAGAUACCCAAAUCAGUCGCAAACGAAAAGUGAGCGCUCCCUCUCUUUUACUGUGAGGGGCAGCCCAAUAUUAUGCACAACUAGCUUCCCGCCCCCAUUAGCUCAUUGAAAAAACAGACAAGCCUCUCAGUUUUGCGCGAUAGCCUUGAUCUUGCCGGUUUUGGGGGAAAAUCCGCACCCGUUUCCUGCAAUUGCUGGCAACUGACAGCUGGAUCUGACAAAUCCUGCCAACGCCUCGAACAGGCGGAUAUCUCUUCGGCGAGGGCGAGGUGCAAGGAGCCGGCGAAGAUGCUGUUGGGAGCAAUCUUCGCCUUGGGCUUCGUUCUGUGCAGCGGACUCAGCAACCCCACCAGGAAAUCUCCCAAACCGACACCAGAUGUUUGGGAUGAAUCGAAGGAUGAGACUCAAACUAGGACAACAGCUACUCAACCUGAGAAGCAGGACAACACCCUGUCGGAGUUGCUGUGGGACUAUGACAAACUGAAAGCCGUGUCUGAGGGUUCGAGUUGCCGCUGCCAGUGUGUGUUUAGACCCCUGGGCCGGGACGCCUGCCGCCGGAUCGAGGAAGGAAAUGCCAGCCCGGAGGACUCGUACACGAUAGAAACCAUCAGUUCGGGGCCGCACUGUAAAUGUACCUGCCUCGCCCCGCCCUCGGCGCUCGGCCCCUGCCACCAGCCAAUCAGGCUGCAGAAGCCCCGGGAGGCGGGAGGCGGCGGAUUCAAGCUCUCCUCGAUGAUGCAACUUUUAGAAAGCACUAUCUUUGGAUUGGAUCUCUUAAAGUUGCACUCUGUAACAAUGAAACUCAUGAAACAUAUUGAAAAACUGGAAGAGAAGCUGACUGCAGACACUUUGGGAGGAGACAGGCCCAGUACAGACAGUGUCAACAAGGUUCAGAGUAAGAUGGAGAAGAAGGAAAACCACACAACCACUUAUAGCAGCCUGAAGAAAGAGAUGACCAACAUUGGCACAAACCUACUGCAGAGCGAUGCGGCUAACACCUACACCCAACCAGAGGAAAGGCAUAUCCACAUAGCUGAAAAGUUUGACAAAGAGCUCCUUUGGAAGAGGGGUGAAAACGAAGACACCAAACCACUUACUGUGUUGCACACAGAGCAGAAGCAGUUUGAGAGACAUCACAAACAUAGGCAUUCCCAAAGACCAACCAUUAUACGAGCCACGUACUACAAGGCCAAAGCUUCAGAAGCAGUGGGAGAUGAAGAAGCAGUGGCAGAGGAUGAGCAAGCCAGCUCUGCCAGUGGCGAGGAUGGAACUCUCCUCUUUUUGGAUGAUCAGCUUAUUAAACAGAUGGAUCCUGUAGUUAAUACUUCUCAGGCACCAAUUCCUGCCCUCACAACCAUCACUUUAGAGACAGCAACAAAAUCCACUGGUCAGCUGAAUAUCACAGAUGAGACAAAGGCUUUGACUGGUGUUAGUCCAGUACUUGUCAUAGGUUCAACAAUUCCUAAUAUGAAUGUCACCUCCAGUGGUACCAAUGUAACUAACUUUACUAUGACCACUCCAGAACAGCAUCUUGCUCAGGCUAGCCAAACCAAUGCCUCAGAGUCUGCCACAGCUAUCAACACCACUGCUUCCAUCCCACCUCCUACCCACACUCUCUCCACAGCAAACACAACUUUCACCACAGUCCCAAUUCCCAUCCCUGCAAUGACUCACGCAACUGACAUCACAUCCUCACCAAUUUCUGCUUCCCUUCCACCAUCCAAAGUUUCUCUCACAUCCCCUGCAGUCACCACCACAGCAAUUCCCACCAGCGAAGUUCCCAUCAUCAUCCCCAAUGACAAUGCAGCAACUGUUUCAAAUGUCCCACCUCACUUGGACACAACUGCUUUUCCUUCCACCACAGCCCACACAACUAAUACCAAACACCUGACCACAACUAGGCUGAGCACUGCGGUCCCCACAACCACUAGAACAGCAGCAACCACUGAGCUUCCCACCACUGCCCCUGUGGAGACCACAACAAGCACCGCAGCCACCACCACGACCACUGUAACCAUUACCUCACCCACCACCAUGACCACUGUAACCACCACCUCACCCACAACUGUAACCACUGCCUCACCCACAACUGUUACCACCACCUCACCCACAACUGUAACCACCACCUCACCCACAACUGUUACCACCACCUCACCCACAACUGUUACCACUGCCUCACCCACAACUGUAACCACCACCUCACCCACAACUAUAACCACCGCCUCACCCACAACUGUAACCACCACCUCACCCACAACUGUAACCACCGCCUCACCCACCACUGUAACUACUGCCUCAUCCACCACCAUGACAAGUGUACCCAUCACAACACAGAAUACAACCACAAUGCCAACCAUCAGGAGGAUGACACUUACCACAGCCAUCACUUCUGCAACCACCAAACCCAGCACAACACUCACCACAAUGACUAUCAUACCUACCACCACCACAACAGUUGCCUCCACCACAACUAUACCAACCACAGCACCUACCACCACAUCUGCUACAACCACAGCACCUACUGUCACCAACAUCACCACAAUGCCCACAACACCCACCACUAUAACCACUACAACCACACCAACCACCACCACACCCACCAUCACCUCAACAAUUGCAGGCACCGUCACCACCCCCAAGCAAAGAACAAAAACCCGUUCUCCAAAUGCCAGGACAACCUUACUUCCUCCUGCUGCCAGACGGAAACACCACAUGGAGGGCAUACGGAGACAACGUAUAAACUACAAUUCGUAUGAUGGUUACCGAAGUUUUGGUGAAUGCAAAGAGACUUUGUCUACUAUCUCUAAACCCAAGACCAAACACAGUUAUGGGAGAAAUGAAGGGGCCUGGAUGAAGGAUCCAUUAGCACGAAGUGAUAAAAUUUACGUCACCAAUUACUAUUAUGGUAACACAUUGAUAGAGUUUCGCAACUUGGAAAACUUCAAGCAAGGUCGCUGGAGUAACUCCUACAAACUACCUUACAACUGGAUUGGGACGGGCCAUGUGGUGUAUCAUGGGGCUUUCUACUACAACAGAGCCUUCACACGUAACAUCAUCAAAUAUGACCUGAGGCAAAGGUACGUGGCAGCUUGGAGCCUGGUGCAUGACGUGGUGUAUGACGAGGCCACUCCCUGGAGGUGGAAGGGCCACUCUAAUAUAGACUUUGCCAUUGAUGAAAAUGGUCUUUGGAUUAUCUACCCAGCCAUCGAUGAUGUGGGCUCCUUGCAAGAAGUCAUCAUCAUCAGCAGGCUCAACACUGUUGACUUGUCCAUCCAGAAGGAGACCACCUGGAGGACUGGCCUGAGGAAGAACUUUUAUGGAAACUGCUUUAUAGUUUGCGGGGUGCUGUAUGCAGUGGACAGCUACAACAAGAAGCAUGCUAACAUUUCAUACGCCUUUGACACUCACACAAACACCCAGAUCAAUCCAAGGCUGCCAUUUAUCAACGAGUAUUCAUACACCACUCAAAUUGACUAUAACCCCAAAGAGCGCAUCCUGUAUGCAUGGGACAAAGGCCAUCAGGUCACGUAUGGUAUCACAUUCGCUUAUUAGAAUGAAAAACCCAUAAACACUUGAUGAGCUUCCAGCACUUGGCUUUAUAAAAGAAAUAUAAGGGGAUUGAUGUUCUUAUAUUAAUUAACAGGUUGUAGAUCAAUCUGUUUUGUGAUAAUGUAAUCAAAGUAACCUGCUUUAAGAGAGACAGAAAUACAGACACACAAAUGGCCUUCCUUUAUCCUGUGCUUUAUACAAUAAUUGCACACCUUGCAUGUCAUGACUGAGAGAACCAAGAUGCCUACUAGUCUUUCUUGCUGAGUUUCAAAUGGAUCAUUCCUCCUGCUCAAAUUUGCCAUACAUCUGACUGACAAACUUGCAUGUUCCUCUGGCAUUGGUAACUUUGCCGUGAAGAAACCAGCCUCUCUGCCCAUAUCUCUGCACUUUGAACAGAUCUUCAUGCUGCCUUUGGAAAUAAUCACAGGGAUGAUUCAGUUCCACAGGUCCAAUUAUGUUUUAUAAUUUCUAAAUUGUGAAACAGCUGCUUUAAGCAUCUUAAUCUCAUGCCUUGAUAGAUGGCAUAACAACAAAUAGUAUAAUGUUUCACUAUCUUCUCAAGGACAAAUAGCUGAUCUCUAUAUCCAAGCAUUCUGUAUUGUAGAUUAUCUCCUCCAUGACUGAAAGGUAUGAAUUAUUGAAAUAUGUGUUGCACCUUACAUUCACCAAUUAGAAAUGACUGCUUCCUGUGGUGUUUAAUAUUAGUGAUCAUGUGCUUUAUAAUUCACAAGGAAUUUUUCAUCAUUUAGGUUUUGCAAAUAAAUUGGAUAACAAGCUUAUCUUACACUUUCCGGGUGGGAAUAUUUAGUUAUUUAGUGUAGACCAGUAAAAAUAAAAACUGUAGAUCGCUAGUGUCCGAAACUGUCAGCAAUACAAUGUAAUACGUGCAGUUAAUGAUUCUGAUAUUAAUCAUCUUGGAGAUAUGGAAUCUUAAACCACUUUGGAAAGAAAAUAAUGACAUGUUGUGCAGGUGCUUCUUUACAACAUGCCCUGCAGGUUAUGACAUGAAUGACUGAUUCAGAGCAGACUGUUUGGUUUGCUGGGACCAUCAGCAACCUGGAGCAUUUAGAAUAUGAUAUAAUUAAUGCUGCUGACAUCCAUUAGACUUCCCAUUUAUGGCUAAAUUUCUGUGUUCGCCAAGGUGAUGGACCACAGUGUCUUUCUACUUUAUAUCCUGAGGGUGAGGACAGGACUUUCCAAAGCCAAACAUAAAAUAAAUACAGUAGAAAUUUGCACUCUAAUUCCCUCUUGGUUAUCAAUCAUAAAAGGAAAAAAAAUCCCUUGAGGCAUUCUUACUGAGUUUCAAAAUGUUUAUUCCUUCUUAAGGUUGGUGUGUCUUUGCCAACAAAACCCACAUGCUUCUUUUACAUCAGUUGCCUUGCAGAGAAGAAUCCAACCUCAGUGAAAGACCUCCCCUUGUCACAGUGCCAUAACGGUAAACUUGUGGGCUCCCACAGUAAGAAACCCAAUUCAGGAUUAAAUUAAAUUAAUAAUUAAAUCUUGUUUUGUGGUUCUACUCGGAAAUUGGUUGACAUUUUCCUGAAAUUAUGUAGGAAACUUAGUCACAGCAGAAGUUUCCAAGCCUUUUACUGAAGACUUCAUGGGGGGGUGGGAAGAGGCAGGAACUGGACUGAACUCAGGUCCUGGAGCCAUGAGAACAAGCCAGCAGCCAGUUUCCCACCCCUGCCUCCAUUCUGCACUGGUGGCACAUUUCCCAGCAACACACAGACACAGGCAAGGCACAUCAUAGCUUCCUGUAAAUAUUGGUUAUUCUAUUUGCUUUUGGAAAGAGGUUAUUGUCAAUAUAACCACUAAGUACCUCUAAAAGGGACUGCACUGGCACGUGGAACUUGCGGCACUGUUAAACUCCAAAAUCUUCAACAACCGAUAAGACCUAUCUUGCUCUAUAAGAUCAGGAUGAAUUGGACAUACAGACUUAUGAAGAGAUUUUGUGAGAGAAGUGGGGAAGGGGUGUAGUAACUUUUUACUCUUCUCACCUUUUUACAGAGGUACAUAAUGUCAUAAGGAACAUAUUUUUGGGAGUAUAUAAUAUCUUGGUAAAAAUAAAUGAAUACUGUCUUUGUUCGCAGUAUGCAUCAUGAUGUAACUACAGAUAAAUAGAAGUGUUUUAUUGGUUAUUAAGUAUUGAAAUUCUAUGACUCUUUAAUGUGAUAGCUGUGAGCUAAUUAGAAUGUUCUAUGGGAAUAAAAUAAAUUGACAAAAUGUUAAUGAAAAUUUAAAUAAUCUUAUCCAUUAUGAUUAAAUCAGGUUUCUGCUUGAUACAUGAAAUGAAUCAGUGAUUGCUUUAAGAUAUAAAUUGAACAAAAUAUUUCACUCAGAUAAAAUGAACUCAUCAUAACAAUAGAUUAUUAAAUCAUCCUUAGUGACAGGUCAGGGACCACAGGAUUAGAGAUUGCUUAUGUUUUGCUGUUUAAGAAAGGCUCUAAAAAUAAACCAGGAAAUUAUAGGCCGGUGAGCCUGACAUCAGUAGUAGGAAAGUCAUUGGAAGGUAUUCUAAGGGACUGGAUGAAUGAGUAUUUGGAUAGACGUGGACUGGUUAAGGAUAGUCAGCGUGGUUUUAUGCAUGGUAGGUCAUGUCUAACCAAUCUUACAGAGUAUUUUGAGGAAGUUACCAGGAAAUUUGUUGAUGGCAAGACAGGUGGAUGUUGUCUGCAUGGACUUCAGCAAGACAUUUGACAAGGUCCCAUAUAGGGGUUGGUCAAAAAGGUUCAGUCGCUCGGCAUUCAAGAUGAGGUAGUACAUUGGAUUAGACAUUGGCUUUAUGGGAGAAGCAAGAGAGUGGUAGUAGAUGGUUGGCUGUCUGACUGGAAGCCUGCAACUAAUGGAGUGUUGCAGGGAUCGGUACUGGGCCCAUUGUUGUUUGUCAUCUACAUGUGGUCAACUGGGUCAGCAAAUUUGCAAAUGACACCAAAAUUGGGGGUGUAGUGGACAGCAAGGAAGACUAUCAGGGCUUGCAGCAGAAUCUGGACCAGCUGGACAAAUGGGCUAAAAAAUAGCAGAUGAAAGUUAUGACAUAGUGAAAGGUAGGACAAAGGGAUCUGAGAAUACAGGUCCAUAAUUCAUUGAAAGUGGCAGCACAGGUAGAUAGGAUUGCAAAGAAAGCUUUUGGCACAUUGGCCUUCCUAAAUCAAAGUACUGAGUACAGGAGAUGGGGUGUUACGUUGAAGUUGUAGAAGGCAUCGGUGAGACCUGCUGUGGAGUAUUGUAAACACGAGGAAAUCUGCAGAUGCUGGAAAUUCAAACAACACACACAAAAUGCUGGUGGAACACAGCAG